GGACGUUUUUGAGAUACUAAGUCUAGGGGGAUCUUAUUUGGUGAAUGAAGAAGGUGGAUCCAAAAGCCGAACAGGCGGUUUGAGUGUCUCCCUUUCUGGUCCUGAAGGUCAUGUUAUUGGCGGUGGGAUUGGAAUGCUUAUUGCAGCCAGCCUCGUUCAGGUUGUGGCUUGUAGUUUUAUAUACGGAGGAGUUAAUAACAGUAACAAGACUAUCAAACAAGAAAAUAAACCAAAGGAAGAGCACAAGGAUAGCGAAAUGGAGACUAAUCCACAAGAAGAAGAAGAAGAAGAAGAAGCACAGGUGGGUCAGGAGACGCCACAGAACUUCUCAGGUCAGGGAAUGAGUGGAUGGCCCGGUUCAGGGGAAGGUUCAGUCUCAGUCUCAGGCAGAUCACUUGACUCUACUAGCGGAAGAAACCUACUCACUGAUAUUGACUUGACUCGCGGAUGAUUCAGAACGAGACAGUAUUUAAUCUUUCUUCCUAUUUUACUACCUUCUUAGCUAUUGAAGCAGCAGCAGCAGCAGCAGCAUACGUGCAGAAUGUGAAUGCUGUAAAUAUCUUCUUUGUUGUUGUAGAUUUUAUCUGAGAAUGUUAAAACCAGAAAUCUCGGAGAAUUGAGACAGAUCUCUGUGUUCCUUGUAACAUUGUUAAUGUAGCAACUAGCUAGACCCCUUUCUUCAGGUUAUUAUUUAAGGAGAUGUUUAACUUUAGCUA